UUAUUUUUUGUCCGAGUACUCAUAAGUCUUUCAUGUGUCAAAUCUCAUCCCCUUUCAACAACAAACCAAAGAUAAACCAGGCCACCUCUCUUCUCUUCUUUCUCUCUCUUCACUUUCUCUCUCUACUUUCUCUCUCUUACUUAGCCUGAACUGCCUUUCUGUUUUGUCUCCUUCCUUCUUCUCUUUUACUUUCUCUCUCUUCUUUCUCUCUCCUCUUUCUUCUUCAUCUUCUUCUUCAUCAAGUACAAUUUGUUCACCUACUGUAGAUUCUUUGAUUCUGAUCUUCAUAACUUUUUCUGGGAAAAUCUGGGUUUCUCUUCAAUUUCACGGAUCCUACCGGAAUUUUCAUCUAGGAAAAUUGAAGAGAGAGAAAUUCAUGGUGGUGGUGGUAGUUUAAACUUGUACGGCGGCUACUUGAUAUUUGGUACAGAAAUCAGGAAGAAAUAAAGAUGGUUACUUUGUCAUCUUUGGAGAAAAUUUCGGCUGUGGGUAAGCUGUCUGAUUGCUUGGCAAUGUCCCAAUCUCCUGUUCCCAGAGAACAUAAGAUCGACGUAGUUGGAGAAGACGGAAAUAUUGGUGUGCAUAGAGCUCUAUCGAAAUCUAUGAACCAGAAUAAAAUGACGCGACCUGAUGUGUAUUUUGAUUCGACAUACUGCAAAGGGGACCGACAUCUUGUUGGCGUCGUUGGGGUUCAAAAUGAAAGCAGUCUUUUCUCCAGUUCACUCUCCGAGCUGGUUAAUCAUAAGCUUAGACUGUCAUCCAAUAAAUAUGUAUCUCGACAAUCUUCUACUGUUGCUCCCCAAAUUGACGAGGUGGAGCCUUUCAAAUCUCUAGAAGAUGGUGAAGGGCAGGCAAUCAAUAAUAUUCUUCCUGAUGAAGAAGAGCUGUUUUCUGGGAUGGUUGAUGAGAUGGGACAUCUGGGUAAUGCUAAUGCCAAUGAUGAUUUGGAAGAUUUUGACGUGUUUACUUAUAGUGGUGGCAUAGAGUUAGAAGCAGAAGAGAAUCUUCAGGCAGGCCGGAGAAAUGUGGGUUAUCCUUGGGGCAUUCACCAGAACCAGCAGCGUUCUGUACAUGCAAUGGAUCAUGCUGCAAGGAUCCAUUCCACCGCGAGACUGUCCUCUGGUACUCUGGUAGGUGAUUCAUCACCUCACGAGAAUUCUCGCAUUUUCAACGGGUAUCCUUCUCCAGUUAGGAUGCCAUCUGUUGGCAAUGAAUUUGGUCUUAGUGAGGGCAGCCAAUCUUUUCCUCAAGUGCAGCUUGAUAACAGAGGCAUCCCAAAUUUCCAUCCUCAUUCUCCUCAAGUGCCAAUGCACAAUGUUGUUAAUAUGAUGUCGCAGAACUCAUUGGACAAUGUGAAUGGCUUUGCUGAUGACUUUCGUUCCAGGGUUUCUGAAAAAGUCAACUUGGAAUCUCAUCAUUUGGGGCUAAAUGGGCAUGCUAGGGAACUCGGUGAAAGUGUUUAUGGCUUUUCCCCGAGUGGAGUUCAUGCACAGUCUAUGGCAAGCAAGUCUAACUCGUAUCAGCAACAUCAUCUUAGAUCUUUGCUUAUGCCGAACUCCUCUUCCUUUUUGAAUAAUAACCAUGCACAUCACCUUGGAAGGCUUUCCGGAUCACCAGGGGCUCCACACCUGAUGAUGAAUAUGGUUUCACCAGUGCAUCAUCUUCAGGUGGGCUCAGCUCCUGUGGCACCAGUAAUGAAGGCUUCUAUCUGGGACCGACAGCAAAUUUAUGCUGGAGAGUCUCAUGAAACCUCUGGUUAUCAGAUGGGUGCCAUUAGGAGUGUCGGUAUUCCUGGAUUUUCUGCAUCACCUGCAAGAGAAAUAUCUUCUCCUAUUAGCUUUUCUCAUGUUCAUGGAACUGACAUGUCAAAAAAUGCUGGGAUACAAUCUCCUCAGCAGAUGAGUCACUUGUUUCAUGAGAGAAACACAAUGAAUUCUCUGCCAACAUCGUUUGGUUUUCCCAGUGAACGCGUUAGAAGAAGCAGAAAUGAAACUAACUUGAGUCAUGCUGACAGGAAGCAUUAUGAGCUUAACAUUGAUCGUAUCAUGCGGGGUGAUGACAAUCGAACCACACUGAUGAUAAAGAAUAUUCCUAACAAGUAUACAUCCAAAAUGCUUUUGGCUACAAUUGAUGAGCAGCAUCGAGGAAAAUAUGAUUUUAUUUAUCUACCAAUUGAUUUUAAGAAUAAAUGCAAUAUGGGCUACGCAUUUAUCAACAUGAUUGAUCCUAUCCAGAUUGUUGGCUUUCAUCAGACCUUUGAAGGUAGAAAGUGGGAGAAGUUCAACAGUGAAAAGGUUGCAUCUCUGGCUUAUGCUCGCAUUCAAGGAAAAGGAGCCCUUAUUGCACAUUUCCAGAAUUCAAGCUUGAUGAACGAGGAUAAACGGUGUCGCCCCAUUCUGUUUCACACAGAAGGUCCAAAUGCUGGAGAUCAGGAACCAUUUCCGAUGGGCACCAGUUUUCGGUCAAAGCCGGGUAGGCAACAGCUGGCUAGCAGCGAAGAGGAAGAAUGAGGACUAAGGAAGUGACUUGGAGCCCGGUGUUUGUAGGAGAAUGCUGUAAAUUUUUUUUCAUGUGGCUCUGCAUAUUAAAACUACCCUUUUUGAAAGCACUGGUGAAGACCUUGCUAUUGUUAGUAGAGGAGUAAUAUUUAGUCUAAAAAAGCCACUUCAAUUCAGGUAGGAAAUAUGAAGUGGCCUUGUUUAAAUUCUUUUUUUCUUUUUUAAUUUUAAUUUCUAGAGUGCUUGGGGAAGCACCUAUUUCUGAGGUUUUGGGAACCAGAAAUUUUGACCUAAUCAGUCUGUGUAACUGGCCCAUUUUUGAGAAUGUUGUAAAUUUUUCAUUGGGGCAUUUGUUACAUUUUGAGACUGGCCUUAGACUUUGAUUACUGACAUCUUUACCUUAGGAUUCAAUCAUCAUUGUAAGGCUUCAGUAUAUGUUGUAUGGGAACUAAUUUGCUCGAAUUUUUUUUAUAUCGUCUUUCUAACUUGCAAUUUUGUCA